CUGCGACUCUCACAUCUUCGUCUUGUAGCUCGUGAAUGCAUUAAUAAUCUGUCUAUCAAAGGGAUAUUGGGAAUAUCGACAAUCAUGGAUCCAACCGCCAACGAACCCCCUCUGCUUCAACCGUGCCCAGCCCGUGUAUUGGUUCAAACAUUCACACACCUGGUGCAACCAGAUCCGGAACCAAAGACUAGGGUUCGUCGUGAUCCGUAUAGUGCCAGACUUAUGCCAAUGCUUCAUCGCAUCUCCAAACAUCAAUGGAACCAUGAAUUUGUCCCUGGUUUCCACCGCUGGUACACAUAUGGGGAUGAACUAGGCUAUAAUAACCGAAUUUGUUUUUACCUUGUGGAUUGCGGUAGCUCUCCUAACGAUGAUGACGUGCCGAUUUUUUGCUACAAAUGGACAGGAGAGACCUUCGAGCCUAUGCCAGAGCUUCUCCAGUCUAAAGAGGUGCAAGACGAGCUUAAAGAGUUCCCGUUCACACCAGGGUCAUAUGAGCGGAUUCAAGACCAUCAUAUACGACAUAUUGUCAAGAGAAGACUUCGCAGAAUGCAGAGGAUCCCGGACAGAGAGCUUGAAUAUAUGAAAGAGCACCCGGAGGAUAUGGAGUGGCUAGAGAAAAAAGUGAAACCCAGAUUUUGGUCUGACUUUCUCGCCCAGAUUGAAUCGCGGCCAAAGGAGAAGGAAGAGGAGCGCAGGCUAGGAAUUACACACGGCCCUCCACCUAACAUUAAAAGAAAACCGACUUCCUGAGCAUCACUUCGACUUGAACUUAUUUUUCCUAAAUUUUACUACAUAAACACUACACAGCUAGUUGUUGAAUAGAUUUCCGGAUAAGGAAUAUAUACGGACUGAAUAAUGAUUAA